AUGCUUAAACCUGAAUCAAAUGGUCCUGAACUAUUGAAAGGAGCAAUUGAUGAAAAAAGAUUCAUCGGCGAACAUGGCCAUUGGUUUAUUGAUCAAUAUGGCUCAGUUACAGAUGACAUUGAUGACGCGAUGGGACUUCCUAAAAGCAACGAUCAAAAGAAUGGGGGAAACGGUUACAGUUCUAAAAUAGAAGAAAUGCUACAAAUUGAUGGGACUGAAUCAAGUUCAUCAAUAGUUUUGAGAAAGGCGAUAUUACGUUUCUUAAAGUUAAAUGUUUCAAGUGUGGUUGAUUUGGUUACCGCAGCAGAAAUUGCAAACAGCCUUGGGAAUAUCAAUCGGAUGAGACGAUUUAACAAAUUCAGUAUUUCGAAGAGUCCAAUUAUGAAUAUUGAAAACUCAUCAAAAUUAGAUUUGAAACAUGUUCGUAAAGCAAUUGUUGCUGUAGACGAUGUUGAACUAUUACUUUAUGAUGUUGAUCGAAAUAUAUUACUUAACGUGGUCAAUAGUGAAAAUAGUUGA